AUGCCCCUCGAUACAAUUUACCUCGUCCGCCAUGGGCACCGGCUCAAUUGGACCAUCGACUACAAGACCGGCGAAUACUUCUCUCAAUUCCCCACGCCGACAGGCAACCCCGCCGACCCGACGCUGACAUCGCAUGGCGUACGGCAAUCACACGAGCUCGCCGCACAUGUCGCGAGGGCAGAGUUCCAGCCCAAGCCGUUCCGCAUCUACAGCAGUCCCUUCUAUCGCUGUCUGCAGACGAUCCAGCCGUGCGUGGAGGAGCUGAAGCGGUCCGCUGAGAAUGCGGCGGAUUUGGACGUCAGAAUUGAAAACGGUUUGGGGGAGUGGUUCGGUUCAACCACUUUCUUCGACCACCCUCUUCCGUCCCCUGCAUCGGCUCUCCAGUCGCACUUCCCAACUAUCCUGUCCGUCUCACCAGAGACAUACUACAAGCCUCACCUCCUCCCCUCACCCCGCGGCGAGACCAUCCCUGAGCUGCACGACCGCGCCGCCACGGCCCUCGCAGCUAUUAUCGCCGAUAUCGACCGCGAGAUCCAGAGCAAAGAAGCCGCCCAGUCGGCCUCUACCCCGCGUACCAGCAAGGCCAUCCUUAUCUGCUCGCAUGCCGCGACCUUGAUCGCCAUGGGCCGUGCCCUGACGGGCCGCAUGCCCGAGGACUCGAGCGAGGAGGACUUCUACGUCUUCACCGCUGGUCUGAGUACAUUCCGACGACGCCAAUCUCCUCCGAUUCCCUCUUGCGACUCUGAGCAGGGCAACGAGAACGCCCUAGCGGAAGGUACUCGCAUCCUCCGCCCGGACACGUUUGUUCCUAUCUGGAGGGACGGCUCAGGCGUAGCCGGUGGAUGGGAUUGUGUCGCAAAUUCUGAUUGCAGCUUCUUGUCGGCCGGUGCGGAGAGAGGAUGGCACUUCAGUGGUGAAGAAUCUUUCAAUACAGGGCCUAUGGCGCCGAGUUCUGCAACACCAGUAACGGCGGGGGAAUCUUCCACGACCGCGAGCUUAAAGUUGUGA